AUGGGGUUGUUUUCAAACAGGAUCGAUCGCAGUUUGCUCAAACCAGGAGAUCACGUUUACUGCUAUAGAAACAAUCACAUCUACUCCCAUCACGGAAUAUAUGUGGGUGAUAAUAAGGUGAUCCACCUCACAAGAACACAAGUCGAUGGUCAGAACGAUAACGAUCAUAAUCCAAUGAUAAGCUGCCAAGUGUGCAAACACGAGCCAAAGCGAAGUGGAGUUGUGAAAUGUUGCCUUGAUUGCUUCCUCAAAGGCCACAAACUCUUUCGCUUCAAGUAUGGAAUUUCCUCAACACAAUUCGUCAUGAACAGGUCUGGAACAUGCAGCACCGGCAACUGCUGCUACUCGCGAGAUGACGUCGUUCGCCGUGCCACCGACAUGCUGCACUCUUCCGAGGGGUUCGGUGCGUACAACCUUCUCAACAACAACUGCGAGGCCUUUGCGGUUUACUGCAAGACUGGCAAGCGUCUGAGUUUGCAAGCCUUUUCUCUGAGAAACAAAGUUGAAGUUACUUUCGAUGAGCUCACCAGCCAGCCUUUUUCUGCGAAAAAAGUCCCUAAAAUUGUGUUCAAAAGUGUAGUGAGGCAUAAAAAGGACAUGCUCCGAUAUGAUAGAGCAAAGCAUCAACAAGACAAUUAUGAUCAUGGUGAUAAGGAAGAUUAUAAUUACCGGAGAAGAUAGAAUAUUA